GUGAAACCAAAGUCAAAUCAUACAUUUUAUCCGACGCGCUGGCCAUUCGCCAUGGCUCCAGAGAUUUGGCUGAACGAUAUUGAUUCUUGAUCAACGGAGUGCCGUCAGCCCAAACGGAGUACAAAGCGUAUAUAACAAACAGUUGUAUGUGUGCAACUUGAACAAAGAAAUAGUUCAAUUAAAUAUAUCAAAAAAGAUUUUUUAAAUCAAAUUGAGCAGCUUGAUUUUAUUAUUUGUUUUUUUUUUUGCCUUUCGUCAACUGGUUUGUUCAUAGUUAGCAGCCUAUGUGAGAAGGAAAUCUAUUUUUACAAAAGAAUAAUUUCGUAUUCGAUAUAAGUUUUGAAUUUUAAGAAAUCUAUUUAUCGUUAUAGCAAUUUACCGAAAAAAGGCCAUUUGUUUUAUAAUAUAGUUUGUUCUUAGACAAUGGAUUGCCGCAGAGAAUUCGAUAAGAAAACAAUGGUAUUAAAAUGGUUUUUGAACAACAUUUUGUACAUUGAAUUUUCUAAUGUAACUUUUUUUUGUUCGGACCGAAUAUCGAACAAAAUAAAUGUCGAGCGAACGAACAAACGUUCGAGGCCAACGCCAUUUAGUCAUUUGACUGUAUUCUGAAGUAUUUCCCUAAUUACCUUUUGCGAUUGUUUCCAUACAAACCUUCAUAGAUAAGCUGAACCUAAAAAUACCUGAAAUAUUUUCUCAUAAAUAUAUACAACCGUAAUUUUUUGUUUAAUUCUUCCACGAAGUGAAGUUUGAAAUACUAUCCUUCUGUUCGACACAAAAUGUGCUUGAUUCAAAAAUAUUUUUAUACUUUUUUAAUCUUUUCAUUCGAAUACAAUUGAACUAUGUAUUUUGUAAGCGCAAAUUGAUAUUUUUAGCAUGAUUUUUUUUUGCAAAUUUCUUCUUUGACGUUUUUAAAAUAAUUUAUCAAGUGCAUGUUGAAUGUGAUGGAUUUGAAUGAAAUCAGAUUUAAAACUAAAAUAUUAGAAAAUCAAUGACGAGUAAAUUAUCGCUUCGGAAGAUUAGAAUACGAAAAAAAUGGAAUUCGUCUUAUAAAGUCAUUCAUAUUCAUUUGAAACGAUAGAAACCAUUCGUGUCUAAAACAAAUAUUUCACAAAUUCAAUGUUAUUACUUUUCAUGUGUGAUGAUGAUAUUUCUCAUAUUUCAAUCUGUUCUCUUCUGUUUAGUAUGGCACUGGAAAUUUUCGAAUACAUAAGCAAAGUCAUUAGAUGAAAAAUAAUCUCACUCUCUCCUAUUUCGUGUCAUUUGCUCUUUCGACGUUUUCAUUUAACUGCAGCAUAAUGAGAAACCAAAUCUUUGCUUCAAUUAGGAACAUUGUCUGGCAUGCUUAAUUGCUCAUUGUUUAUGAAUGUCCUAAUGACAUGUCCUUUGCACUCCAUUUAUUUGCUCUUUUCCUUUCCUUUCCAUUUCGAAGCAGUCGUGGCAAGUGACCAAUCGAUCGAUAGAAUCAGUUGCACGUUAGCUCUCAGUUCGAUAGAACAGAAACAGCAUCAGUACAAGUUUGAGCAUUAGACAUUUUCUGAAUCUGAACGCAAUUCAACAUAAAAUCCUUUGUUAAAUAUUCAAAUAUCAUCAUGAAACUCACCGAUUUGAACAUCGAUUGUAUCGAAGGAAUAUUGGAACACUUGGAAAUCGAUGACCUCAUGAGUGCCGCAGAUUCAAACACGAGAUUACGCCAUGCUGCCCGUUUCGUUUAUGAUCGAAAAUACAGUGAAAAAACGGUGUCGCUGUUGCCUGGAUGGAAUUUUGAGUCUGGCUCAGGUCCGACGCGUCCAGAAUAUAUCUUCUAUAACGUAAGAUCUAGUUUUCGGCUGCUCCGUUGCUUUGGACAUCUGGUAUCUGGAGUUCUGCAUUUGGAAUCCGCACCCGAUGAUUACAAUGAAAAUAAUGAGAACUAUUGCAAUUUGAUUGGUUAUAUUCAAGAAUACUGCAGUGCAACUUUGAACAAAUUCUAUUUUACUUUUGACAAUCAGUUUGAAUUUUUUACGCUUAAGAAACCAUUUGCCAAGGUAACCGAGCUGAGAUUUAAUGUUAAAGAUCAAAUCAACGCUAAUUUAUGUGCACUUGGGGACUUUGAUGCAAUUAAUAUUACAAAAGAUUGUCUUGUUCGGUUGUUCCCAGCGGUGCAAAUACUAGAAAUAUCGGCAGAAUGUUCUCAAUUCGUUCAUAGUGGAUGCAUUGCAAAUCAUUUUCAGCAAUUGGAACAUUUAGAAAUAACUCAUUGCGGAUCUGAUUGGUCAUCAACAUGUGCAGAGGUGUACAUAGAUAUUAUUCGUAAAAAUCCACAGCUAAAAAAACUCAACUUAUAUCAAAAGAUAAUGGACAUGAAUAUGUUUCAAGCUUUAAGUGAAAACCUACAAAACCUUGAGUAUCUCGAAGUGAAUUGGUUUGACAUAUUUAUUUCGAAUUUCAAUGGUAAAUUGCUACAUUUAAACAAUUUAAAGCACUUGUCGCUUCGGGGACCUUGGCCAGAUAAUUUUGUUAAUCCAAUCUCAUUUGUUCAGCUGGAAACAAUGGAUAUUUGGAUGGAGGAUAAACCGAUCGAAUAUUUUGAUGGUUUGUUUCCGAAAAUUCAAUCAAUAGAAACACUAAUACUACGGAUGUGUACGCCCGAUGCUGUAAACUCACUCAUAGAAAAUCAUGGAAUAAUCACAAAAAACUUUCCAUUUUUGGUUGAAUUCGAAGUGUUAGCUUUUUGUCCCAUUUCAAUUUCUAAGGUUCAGCGUGUUAUGACUAUAUUCAAACAACUUACGGUUUUUGAGUUUGGAUUUUCCGAAGAUUCCGAAUAUACAUAUCUACAAAAGUGUCUAAGCACUGACUGGUCCUUAAAAUACACCAAAAGUAGGUAUAUUUAUUCAUUAGAUUGGUUACCGGUCAUGUUAAAACGUAAAAACAUAAAAAAAUUGCCACUUCAAGAUUUCCGCAGGUUUUUCAAUUAAUUGGAAUUUUUUUUUCAUAGUUUUCCUCUUUUUCUAAGUUAAUUUUCAUUUUUAUUAUGAUGAUAAAAACAAUAUAACAAAAGACAAUAAACAUACAUAUUAUAGCAUAA